AUGGUCAAUCCCCGAGUAUAUUUAGAUGUAAAGAUUGGGAACCUUGUAGUCGGUAGAAUUACAUUUGAGCUAUUCCAUGAUAACACCCCUAUAACAUCUACAAAUUUCAAAACUCUUUGUUCGGGCGAUAAAGGAUAUGGAUACUUGGGAUGUAAAGUAUUUAGAGUUGUAAAAGGUGCCUAUUGGCAAAGUGGAGAUUUUGAAUUUAACAAUGGAGAUGGUGGGAAAAGUAUUUAUGGUUCUACAUUCAAUGAUGAGAGUUUUUCUAGGAGUCAUUCAUGUGCAGGACUUUUAUCAAUGGCAAAUAAUGGCCGAAAUACCAAUGCGAGCCAAUUUAUUGUCACACUUUCCAGAAUGGCAUCUCUUGACAAAAAACAUGUGGUUUUUGGCAGAGUUGUUGAUGGGAUGCAAGUCGUUAGAGCCAUAGAAAAUGUCCCAGUAGAUAGUUUUUUUAGGCCCAAAGUUGGAAUACUUAUAUCAUCAUGCGGUAUACUAUCUUUUGGUAAUGAGAGGGGAAAAACACCCUUAGUGGAGCAGAGGAAGCUUAUUGAUAAAAUGAUGCGAGAACACGUGAAUACGCAGGAUGAUGAAGAUGUUUCUAAGGGGCUGUAUAAUAAGGAUAAGAAAACCAUUGAAACUGCUGCUUCUCAAGGCAGGGAAAUUGUGAAGGAGGCUAUCUAUGAUUGGGUCAAGUCCGAGAGGGUAGGGGAAGAAAGUAACAAUUGUGAAAUUUUGGAUGAGCAGCAAUUUCCAGAUGAGAACCCAGAGCAUUCACCGAUAGAAUUUGAAGAUGAAAGAAAUGAUGAUUGCGAACUCAAAAAUAACUCUAUUCCAUCCGAACUUUUACAAAGAUUGAGGAAAUGUUCAUAUUUGAACGAUCAAGAAGUUUUGAGGGUGAAAAAAGGAGAAGAUAUGACACUGAGAAAAAAAGAUGAAACUAAUUCUUCUAGUUCAUUUUCAAUGAAAACGGCUGCAGUUUUACAAUCGCAAUAUGAGAGGCGUGAUAAAAAAAUUAAAAAUGCUAGCUUUGGAUGGAAUGUGUUCAAUGAAGAUGCUCUUUAUAGAGCCCAUAAGAAAAGAUUAAAUGAAAUUCAUUUUAGAAUCGACGAUUAUCAGCGUCAAAAGACUGAAUUGAGAGAUGAUUUCUACAACGUUAACUCCGUAUCUACAGUCGAUUUUAAGCCUUCUGAAGAGGCUAUUGGUGCACUUGUUGAUACAUUCAACAAGCAAAUUAAGAAUAGGAGUGAAUUUAGUAGGAGACGUAUGUGCUCCCAGGGUGCUAUUGAUGUUACAUAUAUUAGUGAUAGGAAUCGUGUGUUUAAUGAGAAGUUGGAAAGAAGUUUCUCAAAGCAUACUAGGGAAAUCAAACAAAAUUUGGAGCGAGGAACUGCACUAUAA